AUGCCCCGUGCGGGCCGGAGGCGGGGUAGGAGCGCGCCCACGGGAAGGCGGGGCCUGGGUCGCGGUGGGCGGGACCUGGAGCCGGGGCUUGGGGGGGGCGGGGCCUGGGGGUGGGUCGUCUGGCUGCACAGCGUCCCGCCUCUCAGCCUGCGCCUGCAGCCGGUGGACAGCACCUUCAGACCCCGCGACGAGACGUACCAGGAGUCGCUGCUGUUCCUGGGGCUGGUGGCCGCUAUCUGCCUGGGCCUGAACCUCGUCUUCCUGGCGGUGUACCUGGUCUGCGUGUGCUGCUGCCGGCGGGACGGGGCCGGGCAGACCAAGCAGCGUGGCUCCUGCUGCGUCACCUGGACGGCCGUGGUGGCCGGGCUCCUCUGCUGUGCUGCGGUGGGCGUGGGUUUCUAUGGAAACAGCGAGACCAACGAUGGGGUGUACCAGCUGAUCUACUCCUUGGACAACGUGAACCAUACCUUCUCCGGCAUCGACGCACUGGUUUCCGGGACCACCCAGAGGAUGAAAGUGGACCUGGAGCAGCACCUGGCCCGACUCGGUGAGAUCUUCGCCGCCCGGGGCGACUACAUCCAGACGCUGAGGUUCACGCAGCAGAUGGCGGACAGCAUCGUGGCCCAGCUCUCAGUGCUGCCCGUGUGGAGGGAGGCCACGGUGCAGCUGACCGCACUGUCUGACCAGACCAGCUACGUGGAGUACUGCAGGUGGCUCUCCUACCUCCUACUCUUCAUCCUGGACCUGGUCGUCUGCUUCGUUGCCUGCCUGGGACUGGCCAAGCGCUCCAGGUGUCUCCUGGCCUCGAUGCUGUGCUGUGGGGUGCUGACCCUGCUCCUCAGCUGGACUUCCCUGGCCGCUGACACGGCCGCUGCAGUGGGCACCAGUGACUUCUGCGUGGCUCCUGACACCUUCAUCCUGAACCUCACGCAGGGCCAGAUCAGCACAGAGGUGACCCACUACUACCUGUACUGCAGUCAGAGUGCAAGCAGCCCCUUCCAGCAGGCCCUGACCACCUUCCAGCGCUCGCUGACCACCAUGCAGAUCCAGGUCACAGGGCUGCUGCAGGUGGCCCUGCCCCUCUACCCCACAGCUGAGAGAGAUCUGCUUGGAAUCCAGGUCCUGCUGUCGCCUGUGAAUCCAGUUCCUGCGAACGCAUCGGAGUCCAACCUGCACCAGCUGACAGCUCUGUUAGACUGCCGAGGCCUGUACAAGGACUACCUGGACGCCCUGACUGGCGUCUGCUACGACGGCAUUGAGGGCUUGCUCUACCUCGGCCUCUUCUCCCUCCUGGCCGCCCUGGCCUUCUCCACCAUGAUCUGCGCGGGUCCACGGGCCUGGAAGCACUGUGCCAGCAGGGACAGAAACUACGAUGACAUCGAUGACGGUGACCCCUUUAACCCCCAAGCCCGGCGCAUCGCGGCCCACAAUCCCCCCAGGGGGCAACUUCACAGCUUCUGCAGCUACAGCAGUGGGCUGGGCAGCCAGACCAGCCUGCACCCCCCGGCCCAGACCAUCUCCAACGCCCCUGUCUCCGAGUACAUGAACCAAGCCGUGCUGUUCGGUGGGAACCCACGCUACGAGAACGUGCCGCUCAUCGGGAGAGGCUCCCCACCACCCACGUACUCUCCCAGCAUGAGGGCCACCUACCUGUCCGUGGCGGACGAGCCCCUGAGGCACUACGGGAACGACUUUCCAGGCUAGUGGGCUCCAGGAGCUCUGCCUCCUCCUGGUUUCCAGUCCCUGCGAACAUGAACUACGCUCUUCACCAGGAACCAAAGGCCUCGGAGGCUGGCAGUCUCAAAGCCCUGGCCGGCAGGAAGGCCACGCUGGGCCCGCCUCCCUCCACUGCCCUGCCUCCUCGCCAGGAGAAACUCCCCCACGGGCUUGGCUGACUCAGGGGCGCGACCCUGAGUGGCCACCCGGGGCAGCUCACUCCUAACUCCCAUGCUCACAGGUGGCAGUGGAGUGAGGAGGGGGCCGGGUGAUGCUCUGCGGUCCUGGGAGCUGUGAGCUCUGGCCCCACUGCCAGGACCACGCCUCUCCUUACUGGGGCCCUAGCCUGGGUGGCCACUCUGAGUCACCCAUCCUCUGCGCCCUGUAGGUCGCAGGGAAGGCUGAUUAGGAGAUGCUUUGGAGGGAGGUGGUGUCCCUGAUGAGACCAGAACACUGUCCAGAUCAGAGUUCCCUGGGGGCCACAGAGACCCUGAAGUGGGGGGAUGUGGGUGGAAGCUGUGGCGGGCCUGUCUAACCCCUGCCAGCCCCCACCACUCUAGAACCGAAGCUGUGAGUCCAUUAGCUGCAAGCCCGUCAGUCUCAGGUACUAACAGACGCUCCGAAAGCGACUUUAA